UCCUGAUGAGUAAAAAUAAAACGAAUAAUGAGCGUAGCAUCAUAUUCGAGUCAAUUAAAUUAUGUGUACGAAGAAGCAAAAGUACCUGGUUAUUAAUUUUUCGUGUAAUAUUUGUAGACAUUUUUAUGAUAACUAUGUCCACAUCAGCAGCCGUCUCCGUCGCUGCCGCCGCCGCCGUCUCCUCCGCCGCCGCCGCCGUCGGACGCCUGCUUCCUCUUCUUCCUAGGACAAGCUCGCCAUCUCCCCCAAGGAAAAUAUAUAUGGACGCAAGUAGCAAAUUUAACUUGGUGCAAGCUGCAAGGGGAAGGAAAGUUGUGCUUGGAGCAAAAAUGGAUUCGCGGAAGAUUACCAAAAGGGAUUCUCCAAACGAUCUGAAAUCCAGAGCCCAAUGGAAUCUAGAACUUGAAAGGGCUUUGGUGGAGAUCCUUCUUGAGCACAAUACUCCUUAUCACCGAGGGGGGCAUGGAUGGAGUGGUGAAGUUUGGAAUAUGAUGGUUAGAAUAUUCCAUGCUAGACAUAGUUAUGUCAAAUUCUCAAAGUAUCAACUCCAAGAAAAGGAAAAGGAGAUAAAGAGAGAGUAUAAAAUGCUAAGGGAGGCGCGUAAACAAAGUGGAGUUGGUUGGGAUGAAAUGAGGUGCAUGAUACAAGCUGACGCGCAUCUUUGGGAUGAGCUGACGAUUUUAUUUGGUUCAAGGAUAAAUAAAUUCAAGUCCAAACCUUUUCCUCUCUUCAACCUAUUAGGAGAUCUCUAUGAUGUGCACAUUGUCGAGGGCCAUUAUAACUUCACAUCCACUUCUGAGCCAUCACAGAUUGCUGGUGUUGCACAUACUGAAACUGAGACAGAGGAAGUGAAUCGAAGAUUUUCUCAUCUUCUUGUUAAAUAGAGAAGUCAGCCUCCAGCCAUGGCUGAUCUGCAGAAGCCGCUUGUGCGACCAAAGAGGAAGAAAGUUUUAGUGGACUACCUGGUGCAGUUCUGAUGGAUCGAGACGAUGAUUUUGAGUGUUGCCAAUUCCUCAAAAUGAUAAAAAAAAUGAACUUCUGGCGUGAACUGCUAUGAUGAAUCGUUAUAAAUUGUUGUCACGAUUCUCUUUCUUUAGCCCAGAUGAUACAUUCUUGUUUUAUUUGAUUUAAAGUCUUGCAAAAUCAUCAUUAUUUUGCUAUGAUAACCUGCCAAACACCAUUUUUUUUAUUUUGUUGUGUUGUUGUGAUCAA